AAGCCGUUUAUGUGUGUAAUCGAGGAAUUUGAGACGCCGAAAUCAUCAAGUCAACAGAAGCUGUUGUCCAUUGGCGGAGGAAGACCAAACUCAAUCGGAACCGAAAGUGAUUUGGAGUGAAAUCUGUGAUGGAAGCUCCAAAUUAGGUACAUUCUGUAGCUUGGAAUUCUAAUGGAACAAAUCUUGCUUCGGGUUCUGUUGAACAAACGACUCGCAUUUGGAAUAUCGAACCACACGGUCAUGUAAUUUCUUUACCUUUUGAGCUAUGGGAACUUUGUGUGUUUUUGAUGAUGAUGAAUACAUAUGGAGAAGUAUUCUCUUAAUCGUUUAGUUUUGCUUCUGAAAUAUGGCUGGAGCUUGGUUUAGAAAUCUGUAAAUUUUCUAAUGGAUUAGCUUUGUGUCAUUCACAAAUAUUACUAUCAAUUGCUAAGAUAUGUCUUCUUCGAGUUAUACAGGUGGAAAAUGCACACAGCAGGCAGAACUUAGUGGAGAGAAUAUAAACAUCACUUACAAACCUGAUGGGACACAUGUAGCUGUUGGUAAUAGGGAUGAUGAGCUUACCAUUCUGGAUGUUAAUGAGAUUGAUUGGAACAUGCCUGGAGAUUUUUUCUUCUUGAAUACUGGAGUUGAGCAAAGUCGAAGAGCUGACCAAGAGUCUCUUGGAUUUGUGCUUCUGUACUUCUUAAGAGGAAGGUGUGUUGAUUUUUCGACUUGUUCUUUGUGUUCUUCUUAAAACUAGUGUUCUACUUAAGACAUGUUCUUUGUGUUCUUGGAUAUAUGUUCUUUUCGACUUCUAUACUUCUUAAGAGAAAGAAACUAGUUAACAUUGU